AUGGCUUGUGGAAUUGUGCUAGUCACACGAAAAAACUACUCUACCCAGAAUGCCUUGGAUUAUCUGUGGCGUCUCACCUCGCGCCUUCCCUCUUGUCUCACCCAGAAGUUGCCAUCUAUCGGUGUUGUUGUUGUUGGAGUAAUGAUGGCGGCAACGGGAUUCGGAUCCGCUACUGUGUCAACUGUCGCAGUCACAGGUGGUGUGGCAGCAGCUCGAGGUCGGUUUCCCGGCCGACCAUUUUCUUCUCGUAGCCGUUUGCGAUCAGAGAGACGGUGGCAGUUAAGCCGGUCAAGGACAGAACCUGACGACAGCCCGAAUGGAGGCCUGAGGCCUUCCUGCCUGGCACUUGGAUUGAACGAAGACCCGUCUCAUCUGCGCUUGCUGGGUAUAGAGGCAAGCCACAAGAGCCUAGGAGAGGUUGGGUACAGCUCAAGUGGAAGCGAGGAAGAAGAUGACUUCCAAGGGUUUGAAACUGAGAAUGGAAGCCCACUACAAUCAGGACAUAGGCCUAGCCUAUUAAGAAAAAAUGUUACAACAAAGGCUUCAAAAAAGGGGUUUAAGAAACCCACACAUGUGAUCUGUCGUCGAUCCAAUCCUUCAAAUGACACAUUAAUGGAAGAGGGUUCUAACACAGAAGAUGGUUCUAAAAAAACACGGAAGAGGGCUUCUCCAAAACAGACAAUGCCAUCUCCAAGGAUCACCAUUAAGUUUCCAUCUGAAGCAGCAAGGAAAAAGGAAGGUAUUGGUCCUCCAAAAGCAGAGCAGAAAACGAAAGGACUAAAAUUCCCAUCAAAAGCAAAGAAAAUACAAGGUGCCCAAAUAUCCCAUGUCCAUGUGAAAUUAAAGAAAAGUAAAGAAGUUGCUGGAGAAGCACCUGUCUGUGUGGAAGAGACUUUAAUAACCAAGCGCCGUGGCCGCUCUGCGAACAAAACUGUAGAUUCCAGUGUUCCUGAGAAGUCUGUAGUUCAACAUCUUGACCAAAAAUCAGGUGUCAAGUCUCGAAAAGUUGCAUGCAAGUUGGAUUCUGCACAGAAAGUUGAAAAUGUGACAUUAAGUGCAGAGAAUGUCAAUUUGAAACAAAAGGAAAGAAAACUUGAAGACAGCACCAGGACAUGCCACAGAACCAGUACUCUGCAGCCAAAUGAUGUUGGGAGAUCAAUGAAAAAGCAAGAUCAGGGUAUAAAAGGCUCUGCAGAAUCUGUUUUUGAGUCCUCAGCUUUGGAUGACUUGAGUGUCCAAAAAGUGUCAUUGUCCAAAAAGAAAAAGAAUAAACGAAAAAAGAAGUACCGCAAAGAUUCUGAAAAUAAUACUAUAACCCCUAUUGCUGAAAAUGCACAUUCAUCUGUUGAUUCAGAAAUGGAACGUUUUAAAAAUGGCAUAGACAUGGGAAUCCCUGGGUUAAAGUUGACAAGGGUCAGAAAUACCAAAUCCACAUCAAGAAAAAAGCGUAAUAAGUUUGUAUGGACUCUGACAUUGGUCCAAGGCAAAAGUAGGGCCAAUCAGAUGCAAGAGGUGGAAAAUUCAAGUACAGGCAAUUCUGGUAUAGAUUCUCUUCAGAUGCAUACUUCCCCUCCAAAUGAAUCACUUCUUCCUCUUAGUGAACAUCCACCAGGUGAAGAGACUACAAUUGAAAAGUCUUCUGUCAAAUGCAAAGAUCAAGAUGAGUCAUCUAGACAAAGUGAAGAGGUAAACAACUUGUCUCAUGAGCUGGAAACUCAAGGGACGACUUCACCAGCCACAAUGGAAGCCACUGAGGAAGAGAAUGAAGAGUUGCAUUCUAAAGAGGUCGUCCCACCCCUUCAGAUUAAGGUUGUUUCCACACCAGGAAAAUGUAACAGUUUAAAACAGUCUUUUUUAAUUCAUCAAGUCUCUCAGCCUCAGAGGGAGGAAGAAUCAUCUACUAAAGAUUUUUCAGAAACAACAAAGAUGACUGAAAGCUGUUCUCCAAUUCCACCAAGUAAACAGAGCUCAGCUCUCAGCACCAUGCGAAAGAAACGCUCAAGGCAUAAACCAUGGACAACCUACAAACGUAAGCCCAAAAAAAGCUCUGAGGAGCAAACUAGAACUCUUUUUCCUGUGGAAUCCAUUUGUGAUCCAUCAACAUCAACAGUCCUGGAACAGAAAAAUAGCCAGGGUGGAUUUUCAGGGGUAAAAUCAGGGCCAGGUGAAAAUAAGCCCCAGGUCACUGAUAUAGCAGAUACUCAGAAUGCAGAGCUGUCAGAGCCUCUUUUGCUGGAGUCAGUCCCAUGCAAAUCAUCUACUUUCCCAGAUGUCCAAACAGAAAUAAAAAAAGAAAGUGAAAAGCAAUCCCUAAAAGAUAAAGAGGUGUUGGUGUUUGAGCCUUCAAGCAAUGAAGAUCCAGAAAAAGAAACCCAUACAAAGUUGCCACUCAGACAUGGCAAGAGAAGACGCAGGGUUUUGAUUGGACGAAGGAUGAAACUGCAAAAGCCAAAAGUGAUGCAAGGGAAAUUGACAAAGAAUAAUGAUGGCUGUUCCACAGCAUCCUCGUCCACCCCCGUCAGUAAAUUAAUUGGUGUGCUCAAGACCAAAUAUCGGAAAAGACGGUACAAAGCCAGCAUGGAUGCUACAUCUAAACAAAGGGACAAGGUCUUUAGUGGAGAGGGUGGGGGUGGUGCUGUUGAUGAAGCUGUUUCUGAUUCUAUAGCAAGUCCGCUUGGAAAAUCAAAGUGUCUCAAAAAUAUAAAGCAUUUCAUCAUGCCAGUUGUUAGUGCUCGAUCCUCUCGAGUGAUUAAGACUCCGAAGAGGUUUAUGGAUGAUGCUGGUAUGUCUGUUCUUCCACGUAGAAACUCCCCAAAGAAAGGACACCAAUGUAAUGUGCAGUCAAAGAUGCAGAAGAGAAACUAUGAUUUAUCUGGCACAGAAGCCAAGUCUGUAUUUCAAGUGAAGGAGGAGGAAGAGGACGAGUUCACAGAAUCUCAGUUAAAUGUUGAUGUCUCAGCUACCCCAGUGAGUCAAAAGGAUUUGGAUACAUGCAGUAGUAGAAUGAAUCCACAGAAUGCAUCUCAGAAGAUUGUUGGAAAAAGAAGAUCUCUUUUGAGAGACCCAAGUUUUAAAUGGCAUGCGCUUGGAGAAGAAGUGUAUACAUUAGACAAAAACCUUGAAUAUGAUUAUGAAAGUUUUCUUGGUACCAAAGAGUUCCAAACUCUGAUCAACUCUGACCCAUCCACUUUACCACUCUCCAUCCAGGAGAAGAAAACAUCUAAAAAGUUCAACAAGAAAAUGUCAAACCUGAAGAAAUCCAAGAGGCUGAAGAAACUAAAUCAGGGACAAACAUGCAGUAAGAGGAAAAAGAUUACACACAAUAUGAUUGGAAAUACUCAACCAUUACCCUGUGAUGUAGACAAAAUCAAACAAGAGGAAUGUGCAAGUGGAUGCACUCCAGAUCGCUCCCCUUCCAAGAGUGAUAAAUCAAAGUUGAAGAUAGAAGACCUUGAUACUCCGGGAGUUGUACGAAAGGUCUCAGUUAGUGUGCGUGCUCUCAGCUCCAAGCUCUUGGCGAUGCAGUACGGUGCACAUGAAGAGGUUUUUGAGAUGAAUUCCCUUCCAGAAAACAUACUGGAUUCAGAUGAUAGCCCUGUGGUCUCUGAAAUCAGCAAAGUUUCACAGCAGAAUGACUUUGAAACGAGGGUGGACAAUAAGCUUUUGAAUUCCGAAGAGAAGGUUACAUCACACCGUGUUCGCCUCACAGGUGCAAACAAAAGGAUGUUCAACCUUCUCAAGAAAGCCAAAGUUCAACUCAUCAAGAUUGAUCAGCAGAAACAGCUCAAGUCUGUUGGGCUUGUUACAGGUUCAUUUGCAUCACAGGAAGGUGCUCUCGGAGUGACAAAACGACAAAGAGGGAAGCAUAAGAAGCUUGCCAAGUUAGAAAAUAGAGAUUGUACAGUAGAACAGGAUGUUCGAAGAGCUGGACCUCGAAUUAAGCAUGUGUGUCGAGCUGCUGCAGUUGCUCUGGGUCAACCACGUGCCAUGAUACCUGAUGAUAUCCCACGUCUAAGUGCUUUGCCUCUACAUGAACGUUCAGGCAUUUCCCCCUCACUCAUGGCACAAGGUGUAGGAUCACUUUCGGAUCCAGAGAGCCCUGACUUACCUGAACAAAAGCCCCUCAAAUUCCGUCGCCCCUCACGGAACUGCUUUGGGUUACGCUCAAGGAGAUGUGGCGAGUGCAAGGGUUGUUUGCAUACAGAAGAUUGUGGGAAGUGCAUGAACUGCCUCGAUAAACCUAAAUUCGGUGGGCCCAACACCAAAAGGCAGUGCUGUGUAAUGAAGAGGUGUGACCAGAUAGAGGAAAGGAAGGCAUUGCGUCUCUCAGGAAAAUUACAUAAAGGCCAUUUAAAGCGCAAACGUACGAGUCAGAGUGGUGGCCAUUCCAGCACUGAGGAAGGAGAGGGUCUAGAAGGCAUGGAGGAAGUUGGCGACAGCCCAUCAGUGCGUAAACAGCCCAGACGUUGUGUGAGGCCAAGGUCCUACUGUGACUUGCUUGAUUAUGACUCUGAUCUGGACAUCACAAUCUCCCAGUCCACUCCACCAGCUAAACGCAAGGGACUUGGCAUCCGCAGCACUGAUGAAUUCUUGGGAGAUUAUUUGGACGACGAAGCUGCACGACAUCGCAAGCCAAUCUAUCAUAGAGGAUCAUCUGGACGGCGUAAAAUAGAAAAGAGCCCCCUGGAACAGACACCCCCCAGUGUACUGGCAGCUCUUGCAAAUGGCUUUGCUCAGUUCGAGAGGGAGCCCUCAUCUGAACCCACACAUAAGAUCAGAGUUGACUUCAAGGAGGACUGUACCUUUGAGAAUGUGUGGCAGAUGGGAGGCCUGAGCAUUUUGACAUCUGUACCUCUGAUGCCAGACUACGUGUGUCUUUUGUGUGCCAGUAAAGGCCAUCAUGAGAUGCUGUACUGCCAAGUGUGCUGUGAACCGUUUCAUCACUUCUGCCUUGAUCCCACGGAACGCCCCUCUGAGGAAAAUAAAGAAAAUUGGUGUUGUCGACGGUGUAGGUUCUGCCAUGUUUGUGGACAUAAAAGCAAACCUUCAAAGCCUCUGCUGGAGUGUGAACGGUGUCAGAACAGCUACCACCCCUCUUGCCUGGGGCCCAACUACCCCAAACCCAACAAACGCAAGAAAACAUGGGUGUGCAUGAGCUGUAUUAGAUGUAGGAGCUGUGGCGUGACCCCAGGGAAGAGUUGGGACACCGAGUGGAAUCACGACAAAGGUCUUUGUCCUGACUGCACCAAACUCAAUGCCCAGGGUAACUACUGCACAAUUUGCUUUAAAUGCUAUGAGGACAAUGACUAUGAAAGCCAGAUGAUGCAGUGUGCUACCUGCAACCACUGGGUUCAUGCGAAAUGUGAAGGCCUAACAGAUGACCUUUAUGAGAUCCUGUCCAAUCUGCCAGAAAGUGUGGUAUACUCCUGUCAGCCGUGCAACACUCGUCAGUCUGGCAUGGAAGCAUCACUAGUAGGAGGUGAAGGAGUGGGAUGGAGAGAACUGCUUCAGCUGGAGCUCAGAGCUGGGGUGGAAAAGGUUUUGGCCUGUCUGCUGAGUUCCACUCUCAGUCAGCACCUAGUCACAUGCAGCCAGUGCUCCAUCAAUCAACAUUCUGAUGGCGAUUCUGAACAGCUUGCUGUCUGUGAUCUUAAUUCGGUUGGGAAGAAAUUUGAUAAAGGCUUGUAUAUCACUCUGAAAUCCUUCCAUGAGGAUGUUGUGGAAGUGAUUUGCAAGCAGUUAGAGGAAGAAGAAUCUAUGCCAGAAGAUCAGAGACCCACAGCUUUGGCCCGUUCUUAUUAUUUAAAGCUGAUGGAGGAGGUUUUCACUUGGUUCAACAGCCAGGACCCUAAGGUUUGGGAAACUCGUACCAAACAUCUUCCCCCUGGCAUACUUUCACAUGCAGUAAUGCCUCCAACUACUGAGCAUAUGUAUGCUCAAUGGUGUGAAUGGGACGAACAGCGGAAGAGAAAAGACCAGACAAUCCUGGACAGGAGCAACUGUCUGCUUGCUGUAAACAUGGAGGAGGUAUCCAACCUCACCCCGCUCACACAUAACAUCAACAAUAAAAUUAACAGAAAAAUCUUCAGAGCUGCCAGGCUGAAGUCAAAAGGUAUGAAAGAGAGGCUGUCUAAAGUCGACAUGGAUACAGGCUGGUCUCAAGAGGAUGAGCGACAGUGUUCCCUUUGUCAGAAAUAUGGUGACUCAAAAUCAAAUGAGGCAGGAAGGUUACUCUACCUUGGACAGAAUGAAUGGGCCCAUGUAAACUGCUCUAUGUGGUCAGCGGAGGUAUUUGAAGAGGAUAAUGGCUCCUUGAUGCAUGUCCAUAGUGCUGUAGCCAGAGGAAGACUUAUGCGAUGUGAGCGUUGCAAUAAGACAGGAGCAACAGUAGGCUGCUGUUUGACGUCUUGUCAGAGCAACUACCACUUCAUGUGUGCCCGCACCAGGAACUGCGUUUUUCAAGAUGAUAAAAGAGUUUUUUGUCACAAGCACCGUGAUCUCAUCAGUGGGAAGAUGAUCACAGGGCAGGGUUUUGAAGUUCUUCGGCGGGUUUAUGUUGACUUUGAGGGCAUUAGUCUACGCAGAAAAUUUCUCACUGGAGUGGAGCCUGAGUCUGUAAACAUAAUGAUAGGUUCUUUGCACAUAGGCAAACUUGGUAAGCUGACUGGACUCUCAUCUAAGCAAGGAAAGCUGUUUCCUGUGGGUUAUGAAUGCUCUCGCUGGUACUGGAGCACCAAAAAUCCUCUUCGUCGCUGCAAGUACAAAUGCAGAAUUUGGGAAGUCAGACCACCGAUGCAAGAGAAACCUGUGGAGGAGUGUCUAGAUCAGGGAGACAACUGCACAAUAGCCCAUAGUCCCUGUCCAAAUUCAGCACAAAGGAUUGAUGUCGCCCGGUCCAAUUCUCAAAAUGAAAACAACCCCAAACUAUCCCCAUUUGCUACACCAGCUCUGGGUAGUCGACACAAAGUCCCCCAAAUCAGACGGCCUGCUGGAGGAAUGUCCAGACCAUUGCCAUCUCCAGGUGCAGCGAUAUCAAAACCUCAUCAUAUAUUGACUACAAGUGACUUCGAUGAAUCACGGCCAAGACACCACAGCCCUCAUUACCAAACUGCAAGCUCUCGUCACAUAACAGCUCCCCCCUCGGGAUCUACCUCUGGAUCGUUUUGUCUCCGAGCUGGGGGUUCUAUGCACCCAAAAUCCUUGCAGUCUACAUCUUCAUUAGUACCCCUUGGUGCUGCUGAAAACCUGAUGACCUCAAACAUUUGCCCUGUCGGUCGAAAUGCUUUCGCCACUCGUAUCCCAGCAAAGCUUCCUCACUCUACCUCUGGAUCACUUCCCCAGUCGCAAUGGCCAGGUGUCAUGGAUAGUCCCUCAACAUCCCUUUCUUCUACCAUGCACUAUUCCCCAAGAACAAGACUGCCUUGUCAGCCUGAUCACUCUGACUCUAUAGAAAUACCACACACUUUCACAUUGUCAUUUGGAAGUGGCUCAGCUGAGAAUGGUUCUUCACUGCAUGAGACAAAAAGUACACAGAGGGCUGGUCAUGUGGACCAUCGUCAGGAAUUUGCCUACAUACCUUUCCAUGUGGAUGCAGAUCUGUCUGUUAGCUCAGAAUUGAAAGCAGAGCUUGAGAUUGAUGAGGCUUUAAUAAAUGAAGGUGUGGCUAUGAACUGUAGUGCUCAGAUUGAUGUGGAAGGGGAGAUGAACCAAGACGAUUUCUGGGACAGAGAUUUGGAUGAAGAUAAGGAUAAGGAACAAACAAUGUCUUGCACUUCUGCUGCCUCAAGGGAGAACUGGGGUAAUGUCUCAUCUGAUGAGGAGAUGGAGAACUAUUUUGACUUUACCCGUACCGUUAUUACUCAACACACACAAAGAGACACCCAGGCACCAUUAUCUCCAUCCCUCAGGCCAAUACCUCAGCUUGAUGGUGUGGAUGAUGGGACAGAAAGUGAUACCUGCAUGACCAAUAUAGACAUUCAAAAUUUGAAAUGCUCUGGUCAAAUCCAAAAUCCUGUGCACUCAGAUAAUGUUUUACCCCAAGCAGUUAAGACCAGUAAUGGUCUGAGUAUACAAUUGGAAAUCCCAGUCUCAAACACUCAGCCGGUCUCCUCGGCCAAGGCCUUGUCACAGAAUGUCAUUGUUAGUGAUACCACUGGUGGACAAAGUCAAGAGGAGUCCAUUGUUGCUGGAUCAGUUUCAAGUAAAAGCUUACAGGUGAACCCAAGGCCAUCUUUGACUAGUCCUACCUUAAAUUAUGCGAGCGUUCAGUCAUGCAUAAUGUCAUCGCAUCAAGACAGUGUCAACUCCUGUCAGCCCUUGCCACAGAAUUCCACAGUGGAGGAAUCUCUGAACUUUGAUCUGCAGGAUCAAAAUGCCCUCCUGUACCAGGUUCCAAGUUUAGACCUGUCUGUAGAAACACCACUGAUCUUAGAUAAGUGUGAGCCAUCUUCCCCUAGUACUUGUUUUACCGAGUUAGUCCCAGUCCAAGAGAGUGUUUCAGUAGACUUUUCAGAUUCUGACAAACAAAUGUAUUUAGAUCCAAAUAAUGGACACUUUGUAUCAUCUGUGAAUGGUUACACUGUUUAUACACCUCAAAUGUCAGGGGCAUCAGACAGUCCCCUCCCAAAUUAUCUGAGUGAUGGUAAAGAUGCAACUGAUAUAAUUCAGCCAUGCUCUGUCACUCCAAUAGAUUCUUCAGUGCAUAGAUUACAGAACCAUCCGGUUGACCAGACUUUCAUUACUAUGUGUAAGCCGGUCUCUCCUCCCAGCCUCCCUUUGAGCACUACAGAUUAUAGUCAAGAAAAGCCAGCUUUGCCUGCUUUGGAAACUUUUAGGGCUAAACUAAAGACCCCAGUAGAGUGUAAUCUAUCAGCUCCAUCUGCUCCAAUUGGAGGUGUGAUGCAUACAUCCACAGAAGGUUCAUUACAACAAGAGUUAAAACCAUUUCCGACUUCUGCUACUACACUGUCCUUAAGGCCAUGUAGUCCCGUUUAUUCCACUAAUUCACAAACUCUGAGUUCUACCAUGCAUGGCUUCAUUGCAUCAUCAUCUUCCAUAACCUCUCAGGUAUCAACUCCGUGCCACUCUAUGUUCUCCGUUCUACAACCGGGCUCUGCCCCUCUUGUCUUAAAUGGAUAUAACUCCAGUCGAGUUCAGAAGGAAGCAACUUUGGGUCGUACCAUUUCUAUAAACUUUUCAACCCCACGAUCAGCAAUAGAGCCUCAACAGCAGGUAUUAAAUCAAGCUUUACCUGGUCAUGCCAUUCUGACGGUGAAGGAGGUCGGUGGGCCAAAUGUUGAUCCUACUCCACAUGUACUGCUUGUCAAUCGUCUUGGUCAGAUCUUUGUCAAAAAUCCUGAAAGCAAUACCUUUCAGCUACCAAGUCCUAAUUCUCCCUCAUACAGUUGCGUCACUCAAAUUGCAAGCCUUCUUCAGAGUAAUGCAUUUUCAGCAACAUUGGCAGCUGCAGGAAGUAUGUCUGCCACUGCCCCAGUAGUUCCUGUGUCAACUCAUGUUCCUAAAAUGAUGACCCCUGUUCAAAGUUCAGUCGCCAUCACUCAAUUAUUAGGUUGUAGCAGUAAUGGGGUAGACCUGGAUGUCAGAAAGUCUCAGAAGAAAUCCAUUUCUGCUGUAGCUGCACCGAAAAAACCUAGAAAGAAGAGAGAAUCCUUGUUAUCAAGAAAAAGCAAGUCUGAAAGCAAACAAGACAGCAAAGGGAACCUGCCUCUUGUGAAAGCAAAGACCUCUUCAGAUUCUACAAACUCUGUGGACAGUGCGCAAGCUAUAAUCAAUCAGGCAAUGGCCAGCUAUUAUGACCCAUGUCGGACUGUUAAUCAAGCACAGAGUGUCUCCUCCAUAAAGGACACCUUACCUGCGGGCAAGGCUCAGACUCUGAGCUCUGUCCUUCCUACACCUUGUGUCCUCAUUGAACCCGAGCCAGCAUCCACCCCUCCAUCAGAAGCAUCACGACCACGUACCCAAGUGCGCAUGAAAAGGGUGUCCUCCAUAUCUGAUCGUGCCAGCACUAAAAAGUCUAAGGCUGAGGUCAUGGAAAUGGAGCCCCAGCCUGGAAUGGAGGACCUGUGCAAAGUGAGCUUGGCUGUAGCCAGCAGAUCUGGAGUUCGGAUUAAAGCACCAACAGUCAAAGGAGUUCUAGACUUGGACAAAUCACAAGAAGAGGGUAGCAGUGACUGUGAAAGCAUAAGGCCUGGACCUUGGGACCGUUUUGCCAUGUCCCGAAGCGGAGACAAAUUACAUGCUUGGGAUGGUGCAGGACGGUAUUCUAUGACUGACUGGAAUAAGUACUCAGGACCUACUUAUUCAUGUGAUGAGCUGCCACCAUCUGAUUCAGAGGAUGAGACCAAGCCCAACCAAGACCAGCCACACCUACGGUUUGAGAUCAUUAGUGAUGAUGGUUUCAGCGUGGAAGCAGACAGCAUUGAGGUGGCUUGGCGGGCAGUGACAGACGGUGUUCAGGAGGUGCGUGCUGCCCACCACCUGAAGCAACUUACCUGCAUGGACAUAAGUGGUGCCCAGAUGGCAGGCAUGCUCCAUGAUGCAGUGGUGUUCCUUGUGGAGCAACUAGAAGGUGCUCACCAUUGUCUACACCACACCUUCCGUUUCCAUAAGCAGGUGGCACAAGAAGAGGACCUGCCUGUCAACCCCAGUGGCUGUGCACGUGCUGAAGUGUAUCUACGGAAGUCAACUUUUGAUAUGUUCAACUUCCUGGCUUCACAACAUAGACAGCUCCCAGACAUUGGGCCAUAUGAGGAGGAUGAAGAUGAUAUUCCUCUCAAAUCUAUCAGACGUGCCACAAAUCAAGAGCUACCAAUGGCCAUGCGAUUCAGGCACCUGGAAAGGACAUCAAAGGAGGCUGUUGGCGUUUACAGGUCUGCCAUCCAUGGCCGUGGACUGUUCUGCAAAAGAAACAUUGAUGCAGGAGAGAUGGUCAUCGAAUAUGCAGGCAUAGUAAUUCGUUCAGUUCUAACAGACAAGCGAGAGAAGUACUAUAACAGCAAGGGGAUUGGCUGCUACAUGUUCCGCAUAGAUGACUUUGAAGUUGUCGAUGCCACCAUGCACGGAAACGCAGCACGCUUUAUUAACCACUCCUGUGAACCAAACUGUUACUCUCGUGUUAUCAAUGUGGAAGGCCAGAAGCACAUUGUCAUCUUUGCUCUGCGUAAAAUUUAUCGUGGUGAAGAGCUCACUUAUGACUACAAGUUCCCCAUAGAGGAUGAGAGUAACAAACUUAAUUGUAAUUGUGGGGCCAGACGCUGCCGCCGCUUCCUUAACUGAAGGUAGACAGUUGCAGAAAUAUCACAGACGUCUUUUCAUCUGGAGAGUUUCUAAUUUUCUAAUGCAACACGAAGAGAAAGGGCAACAUGCAUUAUGGGUCUUCCAAAUAACAGGACAUUUAGUUAUUGGCUGGUCAGUUGGCAUAAUUCAGCUAUCAACUUAGCCUUCAAACUGCAAAACCAUAACAUUACUUUCUGCAGGAUACAGAUAUAAGGAGAGGAAGUGAAACAUUUCAGACUCCACCCCCUUCCUUCUUUGUCACUCUUUAAGUUGCCAGUGGUUACAGUAAGGACGAGGAGUUUGUGCAGUAAUUUUGGCAUGCUGACUUAGUAAUUAUCCUUGGUGUUGAUUCAAACAAGAGACUACAGUAGAUGCAUUUCUCAUAAGUCUGAUCUUUGUUUUACUUUAUUUUGCCAAACAGUUUCCCCCCCUAGGUCAGCCAUUUGAGAUGGUUGCCAUAGUCUCAUUUCCUGUUGGUUCCAUCACACUUUUUUGAGUGCCUCUUCCUGUGUGACUGAAAGCUCUUCUCUUUUUUUAUGUCAGAUUUUUACGGUGCUAGAAAAGCUCAGAGCUUUCUUUCUCAGGUUCUAGAACUGAAGUAUUGCUUCUUGUUGACCCAAGGGAGUAAUGUGUCAAUAUUCUGUCAUUUUAAUUUGUAUGUGUUUUUUGUUUCUUCUUCUUCUUUCAGACUCAUACAAUUUUUUAAAGCAACAGUAGUGCAUUAGUGUCAUACCAGUUAUGAGAGAUCACAGUAGAAUGUUACUUUCUCUUUCCAUGGUCAUUACAAAGAACACUACUGAAGUUUUUGUGUAAAAAAAAAACAUACAUUACCACUUUUGUAUUUUACUGUGAUAUUCAUUCAUUUAUGGCAUGUCUUGUUAUGCUGUCAGAGACAUGACUGCUAACUGUUGAGAGAUUGUCUAUCCAAAAUGUCAAAGUUUGAUUUCUUAUCCUCAGGCUUAAGCAUAAUUUGAACAUAGGCUGAGACUGCCAUGAACAAGACCUGCUUGUCCACCUUCGCUAUUCUGUUCCAUAAGAUAAAUUGCUAUAGUCUGUAGAUAUACAAUUAUGGAUCCUGAGCAAAAACUGUUGUGUACAAGUUGUAUUCAGGAUCACAAAUUGCUCAUGGGACAUUUAUUCACUUCACAUUUUGAUGUGCUCUCCGUUUCAUCAGGUGUCUUGAAGGUUGUCUGCAGUUCUUGGUACCAACCUUGGUAGCAUGGUUUUAUUUUCCACUUUUGAGUUCAUCUGCUUGUGUAGCCAGAAAAAAAUGGAACAAAAUGGUUUCAUUAUGCAUGUAAGUGUUUAUGUGUAUUUUUAUAAAAAUACUCUCAAGGAAGCAAAAUCACUCAUCAGCGCUGUCAUCAUAGAGCACCAGAGAUUUUUUUAAGGUGUGAACUAAGCAGUUAGCUUAAUGCCAGCCCUGUCUUGGAAGAGUUGUGUUAAACUUGUCCUCCCUGUGUCAUCACAUCAAAAUAAGAAAAGAUGGAAUUCCGCAAAUAUUGCAAGGAUUCUACCUCAACUUGUUAUGGAAUGACAUCAAAACUAAGGCAACUAACAAAAAUGGAGUACCAAUAUGUUUUUUGCCUGUUUUUGUGUGCAAUGAAGGACACGUGAGAUAUUGGUGAAACCAUCACAAUUUGUUUUACUGCUGUUGAAAGUGUAUGCUCAUGUUAAAUUUUAUUUUAAACAUAUGAAUAGGUUUUUUUUAAGACAAAUAGUACAUAAAUGUGCAACACGUAUCCUUGUAACUUUGUACAAAAUGAACCCCAAGUUGUAAAUAGUUGUAUCAUAUUUCUAAAACUGAUUCAUUUUUUUCUAUGCACUUUUUUAUUUAUUGUUAUUUGAUUAAUAAAGCUGUUAAGACAUUUGAA